ACUUAGGCGAGCGGAGCAGCCCGCCCCAGCAGGCACGCCGAGCAGAACCUCGCGGCGCACGGAGGGCUCUCCCAGAAGCAAUUGGACACAGGCUCAUAAAAAAUGGCAUCAAAUAAACUUGAAUCUGUACCACCGGCUCCUGGAUACCCUGGGUCUGGAUAUCCUGGGCAACAGGCACAGUAUGGCUACCCUCAGUAUGCACCUGGCCCAGUUCAGUAUGCUCCCGGACCAGGUGCCCUAGUUGCUCCUGGACAGCCUCCCUAUGCAUAUCAAGGCUACCCAGGAACCUAUGGGGCUCCCCCAGUCCAUGGUCAGCCUAACGCAGCUCCUGGUAUCAUGUGGAUGCCAGCCCCACCUCCGGUUCCCAACUGCCCUCCUGGAUUGGAAUAUUUAAGCCAGAUUGAUCAGAUAUUAAUUCAUCAACAGAUUGAACUUCUAGAAGUAAUAACUGGCUUUGAAACUUGCAACAAAUAUGAAAUAAAGAACAGUUUGGGGCAAAGAGUGUACUUUGCAGCUGAGGUAAAUGAUUGCUGCACGCUAAACUGUUGUGGGCCUUCGCGGCCAUUUACAAUGAAAAUUGUGGACAACUUGGGCCAAGAAGUCAUAGAGCUUAUACGACCUCUCAGAUGUGCCCAUUGCUGCUGCCCUUGCUGCUUACAAGAGCUUGAAGUUCAUGCCCCACCAGGCAGACCAGUUGGAUAUAUCAAACAGCUCUGGGAUCCCUGUCUCCCUAAAUUUGCUAUCAGAAAUGAAGCCCAAGAAGACAUAUUUAAAAUUGUUGGGCCUUGCAUAGUCUGUAGCUGCUGUGAAGAUAUUAAUUUUGAGGUGAAGUCCAUAGAUGAGAAGAACGUAGUUGGAAGAAUUUCUAAGCAGUGGACUGGCUUUGUGAGGGAGGCCUUUACAGAUGCUGACAACUUUGGCAUCCAGUUUCCAGGAGAUCUUGACGUAAAAAUGAAAGCUGUUAUGCUUGGUGCUUGCUUCCUCAUAGAUUUUAUGUUUUUUGAACACUCAGGACAAAAUCGGCGUCAAGGAAUUGGGGUCUGGUAACAGAGCUCACGUCUGCAUUAUAAAUCCUUCAAAGAAAAUCAUCAUACUACUUCUAUUCUUGCUUGGAGUGGCUUAUACAAAAGAUAUUUUUGGAACAAUGUCUGCUCCCGUCACACUUAGACUGCUGGAAAUCUCCCAUUUAUGGGGAGGCUGCUCUAGGAUUAAAGUGGAUAUUAAUUUUACUUUAUUAUUUGUGAUAUAUUAAAUAUAUAUAGGGCUGCCUUAAGUGCCAUUUUUCUUGAUAGAAAGGCAAAUCAAAAGGAUCAAAACAAGUCACAGUGCAUAAAUAAGACAAGAUCCUUCCCAAAGCACAGUGCUUGGAGUCAGGUGGCAAGCAGGGAAAUGAAAAAGUUUAAGAAAUCAAGAACACUGUGCCUUAAAAUGCUUGUUUUUUUAAUGUAAAUACAAAAUGAAGCAAACUUAGAAGAUAAUACUUUUGGAGUUUUAGCAUUGUGUUUAUGACAUGUCUAUGUUCAACUAUAAUGGUCAUCUAUGUGGGAUUUAUUUAUUCUGUGUUGUCCUGAUCCCCAUCCCCAAAUAAGGGGAACCAAAUAAAAUGCCAAUCACAAUUAUGUCAUUGGUGUGUGAUGGAAGGCUUGAAUCUCUUUAUAUUAAAAUGAUCAACAAAAGGAAUUGGGUGGAGGAGUAUAAGGCCAAUGGAAGCAGAAAAUCCCUCUGUCCAGCAUUGGAUACAAUCCACUUUAUAUCAACUUUUAUGAAGUCCAGUCUUCCACCCAGUAGGAAGUACCCUGGCACUAUGAUGACAUCAGACAUGGAUGAGGGGGAGUAAGACAGAGUCUCAGUUGCUUUUGGGGGAAAAAUUAUUGUAGUCUGACAUGUUUCAGAAAAUAUGUUUUCUUUCAGGAACCAUUUGUCUUUGGCCAAAUGUAUGAGGAAAGCAACCUUCACCCAUUUGCUUAGUAUAAUCUAACAAAAGACAAGUGUCCUCUGACAAAGGGAUUUUUUUUCCCCAAAACAAUACAUGUUUUCUAUAAACACUUUAAAAAGAUU